AUGGGACGCAUCUCGCAUUUUCUCUUAUGCCUUACGUUCCUUCAAGGCGCCUUUGCGGCGACUCUCAUUGCCUCGCACUAUAGCGGGCAAUUGUACACGCUGAACUUAUCGUCAACAAACCAACUCACUAUUACGAACACAGUCAGCGCUGAGAAUCGCAUGCCAGCAUGGCUUGACUUUGACCCUGCGUCGAAGACCGUCUACAUUCCGGAUGAAGUACAACGGGGCCAGCCACUCCUGAAAAGCUUUUCUGUUGCAGCUGAUGGCAGUUUGACAUCGAAGGCGCAAGUUCAGACAGCUGGGGGCGAGCUUCAUAGUACGUUCUAUGGAUCUGGCAAUGGCUACAUCGCAACGGCACAAUACGAUGCAUCGACAAUUUCCACCUAUGGACUCCCGCUGGGCGGCACAAGUCAACCCUUGCAAACUUUGACAUUCACCAUGUCCCAGCCAGGACCGGUGCCAUCUCGGCAGGACAAACCUCACCCUCACUCAGUCUUUACGGAUCCCAGAGGGAAAUAUCUUCUUUCUGCUGACCUAGGAGCCGAUCUGAUUCGUGUCUUCAGCAUCGGAUCGUCAGGCAUUCUGACUCAAUGCACAUCUUUUUCGACUGGCUCCGGAGACGGACCCCGCCAUGGAGCGUUUAGAACACAGGGCAAUACAACAUUCCUGUUCACCGUCAACGAGUUAUCCAACUCUCUGACAUCUUGGUCGGUAACAUACCCGGCAACCGGUUGUCUUGUUCUUGCGAAGAAGCAGACCCUGUCCACAUUUCCUCCCGGAAAGGCUGCACCGGCUGGUUCGAAGGCAGCCGAAGUUCACGUCAAAGACAACUUCGUGUACACCUCGAACAGAAAUGACCAAUCUUUCGGGACACAGCAAGACUCGAUCACGGCUUUCUCGAUUGAUCCCUCGACAGGCCUGGUCACAUACCUUGAGACCACAAGUGCUUACUCAUUCUUCCCUCGAACAUUCUCGAUUAAUAAUGCCGGAACUAUGGUUGCCAUCGGUGGGCAGACGAGUGCCAACGUUGCGGUUGUGGAGAGAAACGCCACCUCGGGUAGACUUGGAAAGCUUCUUGCAACUCUCAAGGUUGGCAAUCCAGGGACUGUGAAUCAAGAAGAUGGUCUCAGCGCUGUGAUUUGGAACGAGUGA